UUAGAAAAGAACAAUUCAGAAGAAAUUACUGUGAAUCUACAAUAUAUAGAAUAUUGAAAUACACUUAACACCAGGAUAAAAACGUUACGUAUGAUACGUAAGCGAGAAGACAAGGGAAAACCGUUAAAAAUAAUCGAUAUUAAAGCUUCUGUUUCUGUCUCUGCUCACUUUGCCUGUACACAUUACAUGUGAAAGAGAUGUAUACGUAUGCAUUCGUGUGCUGGCGCGUGCCCAUGUAAUGCAGCGAAAAGUUGAGCACGUGACGCACACGCGGCACACGUACACAACACAGAGCUAUUCCUCAUGUGCACAGGCAGCAUGCAGAGAGCAGUAGAGAGUGCAGAUACUUAGAUGGCCUGUUCUUUUUCUCUGCACUGCUGCAGUGAUACAACAAGUUAGAAUGAGAAAAAAUAUAUUUGUCUCACUUUAAUUUAUUGCACCAGUUCAGUGCAGCUAAAAAGAACAGGCCAAGAGUCUAGAAUUGGCAUACCUUGCCUGCAUUUCUUAAGGCGUAACGCAGAAUGCGUAAUGAAUAGAGGUUUUAAUAUCGAUGAACUGUAUCAUGCGUAACAUUUUUAUCCAGGUGUUAAGUAUUUCAAUAUUUUAUAUAUUGUAGAUCUACAGUAAUUUCUGAAUUGUUCUUUUCUAGAUUUUCACCAUGGCCAUGCACGGAUUUGAAACAAAAAACAGGAUGAAGUUUUGUAGAAAGCUUACGAAUAAAGUACAUCGAUCCCUAGCACUAAUUAAUAAUGAUUCCAAGUCAUCUUGUGAUUCUUAUGAUAUUGAUAUAAAUAAUGAUUCCAAGUCAUCUUGUGAUUCAUAUAACAUUGAUGUAAAUAAGAAUGAUUUUAAGUCAUCUUGUGAUUUUCAUAACAUUGAUAUAAACAAUGAUAACAUUAUUCAAAACAUUGAAUAUGAUAAGAAUAACGAUAAUGUAAUGUUGCAUAAAAAUUCAUGUGGCAUUAAUAAUAAUUACGUAAAUGUUAAUUCAACAACGGGCAAUGAGUUAUUUCAUAACAUGAAUAAUAUUGAUACAUUAUUACAUAAUGUUACACGGGAGAGAAAUGAUGUACCAUUAUCUAUGAAACUAGCCAAAUGGGCCAUAGAGGAUAAUAUACCAUUAUCAUCGUUAAGAAAAAUACUUUCUAUUAUACGAGAAAUACCCGGAUGUAAUGAUAUACCAAAAGAUCCAAGGACACUUUUGAAAACACCUACAAAUGUAGUAGUAACACCUCUAGGAAAUGGAACAUAUUAUUAUUUUGGUAUUGAGAAAACAUUAAAUUUAUUUUGUAUAAAUCAUAAAAUCAGCAUAGAACAAAAUGAAGAGUUUUUAUUAGCUGUCAAUAUUGAUGGUUUGCCUUUGAGCAAAAGUACUAAUAGUACAUUUUGGCCUAUUUUAUGCUCUAUAAAAUCAAUAAAAAUUCUUAUGAAACAAGUAUUUUUAAUUGCCUUAUAUCAUGGUCCGGAAAAGCCAAAGUCUAUUGAUGAUUAUUUCAGAGAUUUUGUUAACGAAUGUAUUCAUUUAUCAAAUAAUGGAAUAUUAAUCAAUUCUUGUAGAUAUAACUUCCGAGUUUUAAUGUUAAUUUGCGAUUCACCUGCAAAAUCAUUUGCUUUAUCCAUUAAACAUCACACAGGAUAUUUUUCAUGUACAAAAUGUGAUCAAGAAGGUGACAUGUUUAAUAAUGUAAUGUGUUUUACUGAGACUAAAUAUUUUAAUAAGAGAACUGAUACUUCUUUUAGAACUAAUGCUCAACAAGAUCAUCACACUGGUAGAAGCAUGUUGUUAGAUAUUCCAAAUUUUAAUUUAAUAGAUAACGUACCAAUAGACUAUAUGCACUGUCUCUUGUUAGGUGCUAUGAAAAGACUUCUUUGUCACAAACGAUAUGGGUGGAUUUAUGGCAAACCACAUUAUAAAUUACGAGCUCGCGACGUUAAUAAAAUUUCAGAAAACCUUUCAAAAAUAAAGAAAUUUAUUCCUCAUGAAUUUUCUAGAAAGACGCGUUCAAUAAUUGAAUGUAAAAGAUAUAAAGCUACGGAAUUUAGAUUUUUUGUAUUGUAUGCUGGUCCUAUAGUUCUAAAAGAUAUAUUAUCGCCUAAAAUCUAUAAUCAUUUUAUUACAUUAAGUCUUGCAAGUUCCAUAAUGAUAAGUGAAUAUUAUUCUAAAUUUGAAAACUAUAUAUCAUAUGCUCAUAAUUUAAUGGAACAUUUUAUUUGUCAAUCUAUAAAAAUUUAUGGUCCAGAUUUCGUAUCACACAAUAUACAUAACCUUUUACAUUUAAGUGAUUGUGUCAAGUUAUAUGGUUCACUCGAUAAUUUUAGCGCUUUUCCUUUCGAGAAUUAUAUGCAGCAAUUAAAGAAAAAAGUUCGUAAAACAUCUCAACCUUUGCAACAAAUUAUACAUCGUACAAUUGAAGAAAGUAAUAUUACUGAAUGUACUAAUAUCAUAAAAAAUGAUUCUGUAAAAUUAUUAAUAGAACAUUUCAUCAAGAUGGACCAUUGAUAAAUAAUUGUAGAUCUCCACAAUACAAAAAGCUACAAACAGAUAAUUAUUAUUUAGAUAUUUCAAAAGUAGCCGAUAGAUUCGUAGAGUUAAAAAAUAAAAUAAUUAUAGAAAUUAAAAAUUUUGCAUUUUGUGAAGACUCUAUACACUUAAUAGGAUAUCAAUAUAGCAAACAACAAAAUUUUUAUUCAAAACCAUGUUUGUCAUCUUUAUUUGAUAUUUAUUAUAUAAAAAAAGAAAAUAACUCACUUGAAGUAUGGAAUAUUAAGUUGAUUAAAAGAAAAUUAGUAGUAUUACCUUACAAAAAAAAAUUUGUCUCGUUUCCAUUGCUACAUAUAUAAAUUUCUAAUUAUUUUUUCACAUUUCAUCAAGAUUUAGACUACUUUGAACACUAUAAUGAACAUUAUUAUUAUUAUUAAUAUUAAUAGUUGGAAUUUUUGAUAUUAUAUAAG